AUGUUCCAGCGCUCCGUCCCGCGAGAGCCGGCGGCCUUCGUGCCGUCCGAGCCCGCCGUGCGGCCGGGCAGAGCGGCGAGGCCGCCAGUGAUGGCGCUGGCGACGUUUGGCAUUCUCUUCUUUGUCUGGUUCAAUGAGCUGUGGCGAAUGACGCAGCAUCAGCGCUCCAUCCCGCUCCCGCCUUCAUUCCAGCCCCACUCCUCACCCAGCCGUUCUCGCGCAAGGACGACACUCCCGCGACAAUCGCCGCCGCCGCCGCCACCGCCGCCGCCGCCGCCACCACCAUCACCCCGGCACGACUCUCCGCCUCCCGUUCCGACUGGCCCGUCACCACCGCCACCACCGCUCGGCUCACACGGCUUUGUUUGGGUCCCAUACGUGCUUGCCAACGCGACCGAGUGCAUCGAUAUCCGUGUCUUUGCGCGAAAGUGCCGUUGGUGCAAAAAGUCAAAGAGCGCAUGGUGCAAGCAGCACCCUGCGCGCGACCUGGUGGAGUGCUCCCGCCUCUGCGCGGAAGCCGGGCCGUCCUGUAGCCACGCCGUCUUCCGUGAGCCCUCGUGCUUCCUCAAGAGGGGCGAUGACGUGCCCCUCGCCCCUCAGCCAUGCUCCGGCCGCGAGGAUCAGCCGCGGCUCGUCGCUGUGAGGGAGGGAGUCAAGUGGCACCUGACGGCACCUGAGCCACAGUGUGCCAGCGACGACGUCGAGGCAGCGGCGCUCGCACUGCCACCAAGCGCUUCGGCGCCCCCACCGUUGGGCGCGGUCGGAGGCGGAGGCGGCGGAGGCGGACAGUGCACGGCGCUGCUCGACCGGCACGUGCACAAGAACGGCGGCUCGACGAUGCGCGAGCUGUUCCUCGCCAACGAGGCGCGCGGCGCGUGCGUCUACUGGGGGUACGCCGCCUACGCGUACCAGUGGUCCGUCGUACGCAGCGCACUGGUCGACUACCUGCGGGAGCAGGGGAGCGGGGGCGGCGCGCCCGAGACGGCGCUUCGCCUUUGUGCCGAGUUUCACUACCCUGCCGGCGGCUUCAACGUGAGCGAGCUCGCCGCGCUGAGAGAGGAGCUGUCGCCGCCACCCGCGCCCGCACCCGUCGGCGCGGGCGGGGACGGUGGGCUCGCCGCGUCGGCGGCGGUGGCCGCGCGCUGCCGCGUGGUGCUCGUGACGCGGCUGCGGUCGCCGCUCUCCUACUACCUCUCCUUUCACCGCUGGUCCAUCGCCUCGAAGCAGGCGGCCCAGCCGCGCAAGUUCGGCCGUACGCUCGCCGACUGGCUGCCGCCCAACUUGCAGACGGCCGUGCUGUAUAAGCCGUGGUUCAGCGACCAUGCGGAGCACAUGCUUCCGGGCUCGAGCGAGCGGAAUGUGCGCUUUCGCGAGGUGGACCGGGCGGCGUACGAGCGCGUGCGCGACUCGCUGCUGCGGUACGACGUGGUCGGCACGGUGGAGCGCUUCGACGAGACGCUGCUCCUGAUCGCCGACCUGGCCGGCCUCCCCCAUUUGCUCUACACGCGUCCCUCGCAGCCCGUCAAGUCGGCCAAGGGGAGGUACGUCGCCGAGGGGUCGGAGGAUCGCGAGGCGACCACCGCGCGCGCCUGCCCGGACAUGGCCGAGUGCGAGGCGACGGUCAAGCGGCAGGCGCCGUUCGACCACCGUCUGUACGACGAGUUCUCUCUCCGCUUUGAUGCGCGCAUCUCCUCCCUCGGCGCCGCCUUUGCGGCUCGGCGGGCACAGCUAACGGCCGAGCUCGAAAAGGCGCGGAUGGUGCACGAGGCCGAGAAGGUGCUGGGCGGCGCGAACGGCCGCCCUCCAUCAAGCCGCUGUGACAAGGCGAAGCUGGUGCUCCGCCGGCUGGGCAAGCGGGAGCGCAACGAGAUGCGGUGCAUGGGCGGCCACGGCUUGCGAGCCACCGCCUCGGGCAGGCGCCUCUGCCGCGCUCUCGCACACACGCGCUCCAACGUGUGCCCUUGGCAGCUCCCUUCCGGCCAGCUGCCGCGGCGGCCGGUGCCCUGGCAGCUCCUCGCCAACGCGUCGGCCCUCCGCGAGGACCUCGGCGCCGAGUAUGGCGAGCAGCAGGCGUACAGCGAGAGUGAGACGUACGAGGAAGGGUAG